AGAGUGGAUUAUGGCUUGGAUGGGUCCAUGAGAGGGAUCACCAACAUAAUUUAACAUGCAAAACCACAACCAUUCUUGGCAUAUCAAGCCCUACCAACUCCACGGUGUAUGCAAUUCAUAAAUUCCUCUCCAAUCUAACUCCUUUGGAAGAAAAGGAUAACUGA